UGAGUUCAUAAGCACCGAAGUGACCGAAGCUUCAUCAGCUUCCUCUGUACUGCCCUGCUGCCUCAGCUCACCCUGCUGCCUCAGCUCACCCUGCUGCCUCAGCUCACCCUGCUGCCUCGGCUCUCCCUGCUGCCUCGGCUCUCCCUGCUGCCUCGGCUCUCCCUGCUUCCUCGGCUUACCCUGCUUCCUCGGCUUACCCUGCUGCCUCGGCUUACCCUGCUGCCUCGGCUCACCCUGCUGCCUCGGCUCACCCUGCUGCCUCAGCUCACAAACCCACAUUCAGUAGCACACAGCCUGGGAGUGAGGGUACACUGAUACUUGGCAGCAGUAUACACUGCACAAUGAUGACCUUCUGGAAAUGGGGUGCAUCUGCAGUGAUUGUUCUGAUCAUUGCAUGUAGCUGCCUAGGCCAGGAACGGCAAUAUGAACAUCAAGACUCUGCUGUGCAUAAUCACCAUGGAAAUGGCAGAAAUGCUAGGGGAAGAUUCAAAAGCCCUACAGAUGAGAUGGAUGAUGAUCGUGUGUUGACACGAGAGGAGAGGAGAAGGCAAAGGGAGGAGCGCCAACUGGCAAGAAGUGAGAGAAGGGAUGAAAGGAGGCGGCAAAAGGAGGAUGGUCGGAGAACAGGGCAUGACCGAAGACAUGAAGUAUCCGCUGAGGUGGUGGACUUAGCAUGGUUGAGGGCUAACCUUUCCUCCCUCUGGAGAGAGUUUCGAGCUUUUACAAAGCAACAGGGACAUGGACAUACAAAUCGUGGUUCACUAACAAGAGAACGCAGUGAAACUUCAGAAGCAAGUGAAGUUACAGAAGAUUAUGCCUCGUGUCCUACUGGGGUAGAUGGCUGCCGCGGCAAUGGAGGCCAGAUCUGCAGUGGGCACGGGAAGUGCUCAUGUGGUCAUUGUCAGUGCAACUCUGAUUACUAUGGCAGCACAUGCCAGUGUAGUGAUUACACCUGUGAUCUAUAUGACGGAAUGGUUUGUGGUGGACCAAGUCGUGGACAGUGUCGUUGUGGAGGGUGUGUAUGUCGACCUGGCUAUGUCGGAGAAGCUUGCAACUGCCCCACUCAAACUCAGACAUGUAUCCUACCAGGGAAUAAUAGUAUAUGCUCAAAUAAAGGGACUUGUGUGUGUGGAAGAUGUAGCUGUGGAGAUGGAUUUAAAGGUAUGUACUGUGAGGAUUCAGCCUAUGCAGCUGGAGUAUGUGAAAAGCUGAAGCCUUGUGUUCUCUGUAAAGCCUGGAAGUGGGAGCUGUCUACAUGUGAUCAGUGUCAGAUCACAGUCACUACUGUGGAUAUUCUUGAACCAUCAAUGACAACUUGUGUGAUGGUUAACUCGGGAUGCAUUCUCAAGUAUUCGUACAGUCUACAAGUGUUGGGCAUAUAUAAUGUUCUUGUGGAAAGAAACAAUGAAUGUCCACCACAAAUUGACUAAGGUGAACUCCUUCGAUAAAUAUAAGCAAGAGAUGAAGGUCAGUGAUCACCUUGUGCCUCUAUACAAGAAUUGUGCAGAGCUGUAAUUAUGACUACAAAAGGGGAACGUCUUAUAAUUUUGGUGUUCAUGUGGAAAUACUAAACUGAUAAGUGCUGUACAACACCUGGCAAAUUAGGUAAUUAGAUUUGAUCAUAAGAAAUUGGGAAGUGACCUUAAUUCUUUGAAACAAGAGCCCUUCAUCAGUAUCAAGGCCAACUCCCCUUGAAAGGUUUCAAAUUUUAUAAUUCCUAAAGGAAAUUCAAACUUGCAAUGUUUUUACUAUAGUCAUUAUGUUCUAGUUAUGCAGUGAUGGCAUCAUUAUUCAACUAUCAUCAUAUUUAUGGAAAGUUCACAUAAUCUAUCCCAUUCACGUAUCAUUUAUUGAUCUUGAGUAAUUCCAUUCUUAGUAAGCUUUAGCUAAUCAUGGCACUUCAUAUUUUGUCAGUGAGCAGCAGUGCUUUUUAGAUUUUUAAACAAUACUAAUUGAUUUAUAAAUAUUUGAAUAUAUUGGUAUAAGCAUUUUACUUAGGAUCUUGUAUACUAUCUCUGUCAUUAUUUGUUUUUGUUAUCCAUGCAUUGCUACAGUCUACAGACCUUGGGUGUAUAUAUAAUGUUCUUGUGGAAAGAACAAUGUACCAAGUUUUUUUUUUUUUUUACAAAGUGUCAAGGCAAGAAGACUUUCAGGGCAAAGAAAUUUGCUAAUAAAAAUGGAAAAAUAGAAAAUCUGCAUAGUUUUUUAUUACAGGAUUUUUAAUAAACUGUCUUUUUGAGAAUUCACCAACCACCUUAAAGAGAAGACCAACAAAAAGAUUUUUCUGUGAUAUACAUGAAAGUAAAUUAAUCAUACAUGACAGACUUUGAUAAUGUGUAUUCUUUAAAAAUAAAAGUGGGUGGGAAGCCAUAAACCUCUUUGGAAUGUAAUACUUAAUGAAAGUUAAAUCUCGUCAAAUAUAAUUCUAUUUACACAAACCAUUCAAACAAGCAUAGUCAACUAUAAGAAUACAGUACUAAAAAAAUUAUAGUCUACAAUAAAUAGAUAAUUUCUAAAGUAUGGUAUGUUAUGCUACACAAGUGUAAGGCAACAAUAGCUGAAACAGGAACUAGAUAAAGCUCACAAUAAAAAUAAUCUCACAAAACGAAAACAGA